GCGGCCGAAUGAUAGUCGUUUGUUGAAUCGUUUAUGACGAUAAUGUGACUCUUUGAACGUUCAGUUUGCGAUGAUUGUGUAGGGUAAAGACGGGUGCAGUGGUACUUUUCUUGUACUGUGAUAACUUUUGCCAGAAAUCUUUUGAAGAGGUUGGUACCUCGUGUGGAAACUCUUUCUGUCGCGGUUCCGUUUUGUAAGGGAAUUGCUUGGUGGCAUGAACGAACCUCCACCACCUCCUGCUGAACAAAGGCCUGCCCGACCAAGAAGAAAAUACAGGAAAGAGUGAUCGCAUUUUCUCAUCCAGACGACUCCGAACUGUUGCCCUGAACUGUGUAAAAUUUGUAAUUGAAGAAUACAUUUAAAAAUAAUCAAAAUGAAUAUACGAUGCGCGAAACCGGAAGACCUGAUGAACAUGCAGCAUUGUAAUUUAUUGUGUCUGCCAGAGAAUUAUCAAAUGAAAUAUUACUUUUACCAUGGUUUAUCAUGGCCUCAACUAAGUUACGUAGCAGAAGACGAAAAGGGGCAGAUUGUAGGUUACGUGCUCGCUAAAAUGGAAGAAGAUAGUGAAGACAAUCCACAUGGUCAUAUUACGUCGUUAGCGGUAAAACGUUCCCAUCGAAGACUAGGUCUGGCUCAGAAAUUAAUGGACCAGGCAUCAAGAGCAAUGGUUGAGUGCUUUAACGCGAAGUAUGUAUCAUUACACGUCAGGAAAAGUAACAGAGCUGCCCUAAAUCUUUAUACAACAACGCUCAAAUUCACAAUUUCUGAAAUUGAACCUAAGUACUAUGCCGAUGGCGAAGAUGCGUACGCUAUGAAGAGGGAUUUAUCGUUAUUUGCAGCCCAGAUGCCUUCGUGUGAUACAAACACAACGAUUGACACCAAAAAUGUUGAUGAUAAAGUUUUGUCAGAAAGAUUGUGAUAUAAUUUCUGGGUCAUUUUGUGAAAACUUGUUGCAGUACAUAAGUGGAAGCUGGAACAUUUCUUGUUCCAAUUCAGUGGAAGUGUUUUUACUAAUUAUAUGAGUAAAUACUACUAAGGAGAAGUUCUAGUAUUUUAAUCUGUAUUAAUUACUUGUAAUCAUGAUCUGUGCAGUUUUUGGAAAAAUACAAUUCUGUCAAAAAUAA